AUGGCCGGUCACGCCACUGACGAAACAAAGGGCAAAGGCAAAGUCCGACAGCGGCGCGCCCACACGCGAAGCCGCACUGGCUGCUCAGAGUGCCGAAGCCGCAGGGUGCGCUGUGACGAGCAGCGUCCCACAUGUAAGAGGGCAUGUGAAUAUCCGCCUGUCAAGAUACCGCUGAGGGAGAGACGGGCGCUGGAGAAGGCUGGGGCGACUCAGCCGUGGGAGCAUGUCCCCUGGGAGGCUCCGAGUUCUUCCAAGGGGCCUGAGGUGCCUAACACGCACGCUCUGGUCCGCCAGCUUAUUUUGUCGGGCUCUGGAACGACGCUGGACUGCAUGGCCAUUGACAUGCCCCUCAAGCCUUUUGUCUAUGGCGAAACCCUUGUCACAUCUGUCAUAAACCACAACAAAGAUUGCAUGCCAUAUACCAUAUCGGACCCUGAAGCCCUCCGCAAUGCGAUUUUGAUGGCAGCUACUCAUUUUACAUUCAAGGUCGGCAGCCUCGAAGCAUUUGAGCAUACAUUCCUCUUUCACCGUAUUGAAACCGUGCGAUUGGUGAAAAAAUGGCUUGCCAGUGGAGAUGUCAAGCUUUCAGCUGCCAUCACCAAACAGAUUGCUACCCUGGCAUAUACAGAGUUCUGUAGUGGUGAUAUGCAAAUGGCAGCGAAACAUUUAAAUGUCAUCUACGCUCUACCAUGCCAGACAGCAGAUUCGUCGAAUACCAAUGGCAAGACCUGUGACCAAGAACUCUCUGAUCGCUAUUUUGUAUUAACCUCCACCUUCAUCCAUGGCGUGCAGACCGUUCUUCAUGGCAUCCUCCGCACUGAAGAGUCAACCGAAGAAAAGAGCACCCUCUCAGUCUCUCAUCCCAUGCGUCUUAUGCACAAAUGGUACAAGUCAGAAGGACAAUACUUACACUGUCUCAAACUCAAAGCAACACGCCUCUUCUCAACAUUCUUCAUACUGCCUGACAUCGGCGCAAGGCUCUCUGAUGUUUACAGCGCGUCAAUAGUAAACAGUCUUCGUCAAGUCAACGACGAAUUCUACAACCUCACAGAAGCUCAAAAGAUACACGAUGACUUCUGGAGGACUGGUGCAGCUGCUCGAGUUUACGACGCAGUUCUUGAAUCGCACCAAACCUCAAUCACAUCCACCGACCAUCAACAUGAAGCCACUUCAGAAGCUGAGCAAAAGACUUCAUGGUGCGGAUUGGUCAUCGCAGCAGAGUUAUUCCUCGAGCAAGUAGUUGUUUUAUGGCGUCCUUUUACAAAGGAGAUAUAUCUCUGUAGCAUGAGGAUAUUCCAACGUGAUCUCACCUUUGCUCUUCAGAAGACAAACACGGGAGAGAUCACAGAGCUGUUGUUCUGGGAAUCGCUUCUGGGACUGAUGAGUCUUUAUUUGCAUGAGAAACUAGGGGAUAUGGAGCGAGAACCUGGUUUGAGGCCGUUUUUCGAGAGGAUUAUAAAGGAACAGAGCCGAGAUAUGAAGUUAGAGAAGUGGGAGGAUGCAAGGAGGGUGUUGUUGAAUAUCGCAUGGCCGCUGGACUUUUCUGAGGAUGAUUAUGUGAAAGGCAUAUGGGAGGCUGCAGUAGCUGACUAG